UGCUAAUUGAAAAAGCCAAAAAUAACCACACUCGCACAAGACGUUGGCAUUCCCGAGCCAUGGCGGACGUCGGUGACGAUGUCGGUGGAGACGCUCCAGGCCGAUUUCCCAUGGACGCGAACCACAACGAGCUUCUCCAAGUGCUGGUCAAGUCAAACCAAGAGUGGUUGGAUGUGUAUGCGUCCCACGAUGUCGCACACGACGACUGCUUUGUGGCGCACCAAACGGUGUGGCUCAACGAUUACUUUCAAAAGCUGCGGGUGCUCACAGACCCGUCCUCGCGCCAGGCCAAGGGACUGGUGCAAAAGUUUCAAGAGACUGUCGAGACGUCACGCCCGUUGCUUCAAAAGGCGAGCGACAGUUCGCCCUCCAGUGAUCGAGUGGUCGAACCGUUGGCGCUGAUACUGUACUGCGCAACCCAGGAGCGAUGCCCUGAAUUCCGAGUGGAAAGUUUCCUCAAGGAAGUGUGCCUGUUCAUGGCGUUUCCAUCGAUAGUGGCCCGUUCAAACGAAGCUGGCCUUGCCGCCCCUUUGUAUCGACUCUUGGUUCGCCAUUCCAAUCUCCACGCUAGGCUGCUUGUGCUAAAGAUCCUGCUGCUGUUGGCCAAAGCCGACGCCUCAGCGGUAGCCAAAGGGUGCGAGAUCGGAGCGCAAGGUCAAGCAAUCUUACCCACGAUGUUCAUUUCCACCUUGGCCAAGCGGUAUCCAGGCUGCAACGCGCUGGACGACUUGACCACUCAACUGAUUGCCGUGUUCGACGUUCGCAAGCGGUCGCUCUUCCUCGACUUAUCGUAUGCCCCACCAAACCCAAGCCCCGUGAAACCCCCCAAGAAAUCCCCCGUACUGCUCUCGUCUCUGAGCUCUCCGUCGUUUAAGCCCCCUACUGCGCACCUCCGCGACAAGAGUCCAUUCCUGCCGCAGCCCAAGUCCGCCUUUGGCUUGCGAUCGACCACUUCCAUCCCCUGCCCUUCCCCGAAACACUCUCCGUCCGCUGACAAACCCAACAAACUCGUCCCUCCAGACUCCCCCGCCCGCAGCCGCAAGCUGCUCCCCGUGUCCCUAGCCCCACUCGACCAAAUCGAGCAGCGCUUACACGCGUUCGACUUGGCCCCACCACAGUCGGGAGCACGCCAAGACAUUCCAAACAAAACGUGCGAGCUGGCGCUGCCACUGAUCCACCACCCAGGUCCAGGUGUAGCCCUACCAAUCACUGCACCCCCUCCGCGUAAGUCAUUGCGGCACACCAGUCACGGCUUGACGUCGGCCAGCGGCUUUGAAUGGUGGUGGCGCACGCUACCUUCAUCCCACACGUCGCUGGCCCCCCACGCCAAGCUCAAGGCAGUGUGCGUCGCUGCCAUUAAAAUGCACUCUACCGGGGUGUACGAUCGAGCGGUGGAGCUGUACACACUGGCACUUUCGUUGGCUUUGCCCGUUCCACCGGUGGCGUUGCACGUGAGACCGACGCCCGACGACGGCGACGUCGAGCCCGUAUCCCUGUCGUUGAAACUGCAAUUGAAUCUCGGGUCUGCCGCGUUCAGUCUCGGACAUAUAGGCGACAGCAUUCGCGCGUUCGAGUCCGCCAUUCGCAUGCAGCCGCAACACAAGUGGGCGCAUUAUAAGCUCGGCAUGGCGUACCAGGCAGACGGAAGGGUGGAGAGCGCGGUCGCAGAAUGGCGCGCCAUCGCUAAGCUCUUUCCUCUGGCACAAGCUGCAUUGGACGCUGCGGAGCGAGGAAAUGCGGUGUCGCAGACGGAGCAUCAUACAAAGAUGGUGAAGGCCAAACAUGGCGUCGCUGAGUCACCAGCAGCAUCUCGAGGCGGGGUGUCGAAGGAAUCGAAGACGGCCAAGCAGCGCCUCAAAGACGUCGUCCGGCACUUGGCGGGAAUGGGCGUUCGUAUGGGCAUCCACUUUCCGCAAUUGUUUUCGCGCGUGGAUCGGUACCGACUGGGCGUGGUGACCACCGUCACGUUCAAGGAGAUCCUUCGAGUGAGCGGGUUGACGUUGACCAGCCAAGAGUACGCCGACCUGGCGCGGUACCUCCGGGAUCCCAACGAUCCGCGGUACCUUUCGUACGCCAAACUGCUGGGGGAUGCCACCUUCGUCGCGGUGGCGUCGGCGUCCGAUCCGCCGGUCGUGCCGUUGGACCAAAUGUGUUUUCACGGCGCUCGAAAGCGCACGCCCAUGGAAAAGCUGUGUGUGCCCCUGCAUUUGAUCGCCCAGAACGAAUGCCACCAGUUCUUUUCGACGAUGGCGUCGUGGGCGUUGUUUGGCGUGUCCAAAGCGAUUGCGGGGGGGGUCAUUUUGCACUCGUCGUGGUUGCGGCGCCUCACGUACAUCCCCGCCGCGCCCCCGUCCGUUGUGUCGACGGAAGCGGGGGUCUUUGUUCGGAAUGUCAUUGCGUCGGGGUCGUUGCAGGCCAAGCACCUUAUCCUCGUCCGCCGCCGGGUGGCCAAGAAGCUGUCGCUAUCGUUGGUCGCCCAGGCUCAGUACACGGCCUGCGUGCACAUGUGCCGAUGGAGGAAAGAUGGCGUCCACAACGUCAGUGUUGCCAUGGGCCGUCACGUCCUUGAUUGCGCCGUCGCCAAAAUUCUGUUGAAGACGAGAGCCCAACGCGCUCGUGGCCACAUGGAAUGUCAAAGUGCCGUUCACGCGGACUGCAGAUAUCAGGGCCAGCGAUCCACGGCGACGGUCGACAGAAGACGUCAAGUCAACGUUGCCCUUGAUGACGUGGCAUGCAGAGCGCGCGCGUCGAUCGUUGGGAAGCGAAAGGCCCGGGCGGAACUUGCACGGGUAGCCACAAAGGCCACGACUUGGACGCAGAGCCAGGUUGUGGCGAAAGUGGUGCUUGUGGGUGUCGUCACCACGGCCAAGAAACGGAUGGACAGCAUGCAACAGUCCCGACUCCGCUUGGCGGAAUACGUCCAAGAUGCUCGGGUUGCAUUAGACAACCUCCGGAUUCUGGCGUGGGAGCAACUGGUGGACUCGACGCGACUGGUCGUGGCACAAACCACCGUGUCGACGAUCUUGGUCACCAUGGUGCAAACCGUAGCAGCAAGGGGGCGAGUAAUCGAUGAGGCAGGGGGAAAGGCACGUGAUGAGGGGGGCUUUGGUGCAAAUUCUCCAACCCCCCAGCUGCCACCUUGUGUUAAUACUGACGAGACUGGCUAUGAAGCUGCCGACGACGGACGAUAAUCACAAAAUAUCUUAAUAUUAUGGCAACGUAAAUAGCAAAAUCAUUCCGUAAUUCAAAAAUUAUGUACCCCCCGUUGAAGACUUGCACCUCACGUAAGACACGUACAAUUCGACUCGAAUCAC